AUGGCGCCGUAUGAAAUGCUGUAUGGAAGAAGGUGUAGAACCCCGGUUUGUUGGGGAGAAGUAGGGCAAAGGGAGCUCGCACCGAAUGAUGUGGUGGCGAUAACCAAUGAAAAGAUCGACGUCGUACGGGCUCGGUUAAAAGCGGCGCAAGACCGACAAAAGUCCUAUGCGGAUAGAAGAAGUCGCCCUAUCGAGUUCCAAGUGGGGGACCGGGUAUUCUUGAAGGUGUCUCCGUGGAAAGGUAUAAUUCGAUUUCGUAAGCGAGGAAAGUUGGGUCCCCGAUAUAUCGGACCGUUCGAGAUUCUAGCUCGAGUUGGAAAGGUGGCCUACCGGUUAAAUCUACUUACUUCUUUGGAAGGGAUUCAUAAUACCUUUCACGUGUCACAAUUACGAAAAUGCUUAGCGGAUGAAACGGCCCAUGUACCAAUUGAAGACAUUGAGAUCGAUGAGAAAAUGAAUUAUAUAGAAAGACCGGUAGCUAUAAAAGAUUCCAAAGUAAAGACGCUUCGUAACAAGGAAAUCAAGCAAGUCUUAGUCCAAUGGCAACACAGAAAGGGGUCGGAUCUCACUUGGGAGCCGGAGGAUGAGAUGAAGAAGUUCUACCCGUUUUUAUUUGGUACGUUAACCGGGUUUCGAGGACGAAACCUCUUUUAA